AUGUUAUACUUUGAGGUAAUCUUUGGUAAGGAUAAAUAGCCUUUAUUUAGCUUUAUUUCGAAUUUAUUAGUCGUAACAACAACAAUUAGUUGUGAGAAGUGUAAAUAAUUGUUCUAACAAUUGUUUUGUCUUCUUUUUUUUAACUUUUUUAACUAGGAAUGCUAGGGAAAACCUUAUUAUUAUAUUUUAUAAGCUUAUAUUAGGUUGUCCGGAAAGUUCUGAGGCUUUAAAAAUAAAUAAAAUCGAAAAAACGGAUCAAAAGAAUAAUAUAAAAUAAAUUUCAAAUUUUUUAAAACUGUCGGUUAGCUCAAAACUUUUCGGACAACCUAAGGAUUUAUUGAGAAUUCAAAUUAAUAAUGAAAAAAUAUUGUUUUGAUAUUUUCUAAAUUUUAAACAUGUUUUAUGAAAAUAGGAAGUAAUAAACAAAAUAUUCACACUUCUGAAUAUUAUAAUAGAGCAUGUUUAGCACGUACACAUCUAUUAAAAUGUUAGCACUUCAAAGUACUUCUAUAACAAACAUCUUUGGCCACGUUUAGACAUAAAGCAACAUUUUGACUGUUUUGAGGACAUUCUUUUACAUUUUAGGCUUUGUUUGUUGUCUACUUUGUGGCAUUUUAGUUUUUAUUACUUCAGCUGGGCAAUAUUGACCUUUAACUAACUACAAUAUUAAAAAAAUGACUUUUGUUCUCUUUCACAUUCUAUAUUGUACUCUCUGUAUCGUCAUAUUGUCUGUGGCUGCCAGAAACAGCGGUGAUUAACAACAAUGGCAUUGAGCAUUAAAUAAGUUAUAGACUUGACCUUUUUUGUUCCGCCUCAGGCCAACGGCCGGCUUCAGAAGGCGGCCGGCUGUCAGAAUUGUAUUGAUUCGUGGGGAAGAAAAGAAAAGCGGCCGAAAGAGGAGGGGUGGCUUCCCUUCUUUGGCCCCUCGUCUUCGCCCAGCGGCAUCUUUUUUUCAUGCCCUGCGGCAGUCUCGUGUCCCCAAUUCUAGGGCCACUCGACUGGAGCGUGCACUCCGGAUGUGUUGUGUGUGUGUUGUUGUUGGUAGAGUGUGAUAACAUUAAUAAUCAUUCCAGAUCUUCUCCCUCCCCCCUUCAAUUACCAUGGCCGGCAGUGCAGAUGCAGCUGUAAGUCCCAGUGGAUUAGCCACGCUCAACACCUAUUUUCGACACGUAUUGUUAUAGGUUUUAGGCAUAAUGUUGUUGGAGGUGUUAAGUUGAUAAGGCUGUAGUUUAAAAUAUUAAGAUUUGGAAAUUAUAGCUACUUUUAAGGUUUUUUGAAUUCAUUUCAGCUUUUUUUAAGGCUGUAAUUAUUCUGCACGGUGCAUACUUUUAUGUUUUAGUAAUUGCACGGUGCAAAGCUUUUGAAAAUUAAGAAAUAGUUUAGUAUUUCAUUUUCUAUGUUAUCCUAGUCAAACUCAGUAGCUUUUCAAUUACUGAGUUAACAGUAACUACUCUAUUUCACAAUAGUUUCAAAAACUGCACUGUGCACUCAUUAAAUUGGUUUCAAAAGUGCCGUUUUUGUAAACAAUCAACAACAAUUUUGUAAAGUAGUCCUAGGAAAUGACAGUACAGUUAAGUUACUUUAAUGACAGUACAAUUAAGUCGGCAGUAAUUAAGAAUUAUUUUUGCCUAUCGAUUUAUACAAAUUUGUUUUCCCUCAGGCCUUUAAUUUGCGACUUGUCAGUUGUUGAUGAAUGUUUUCAGAAGAACUUUCUGGAGUCCGCUUUCAACAAGACCAAAGAAGUCGUCUCCACGGCCGGUGAGCUCUUUUCCUUUUUACUCGGGUACUAUUACAUAAUAUAGUACUUUAUUGUUGUUUUAUGGAUGUUUAUUACUGUGUUAUACAUAAGGCAUUUGGUUUUACUUUUCUAUUAUAAUAUAUAACACAUAACACAAAGUUAUUGAGGGUUUAAGCAGGAAGAUGUUGUAGUAAUAUACGUAAUUUUUUAUGGAGUUGAACAAUUUAAAAAGCUUUAUAUAUUUGUGUUUUUUCACAUUUUUCAAUUGUUAGGUUGUGUAAAUAAUGAGGUAUGUCUCACAACUCACAUGGGGUUCUGUAGCUCAUUACUUUUUAUACAACCUAAUAGCUAGGAACUAAAUUAAAAAUUUUUUAAAACUUUGCGUUUAGAAGGACUACCUUUAUACCUUUAACUAUUACUAGUCUAUCAGCGUCAUAUGUUUUUCAUCUUUUUUAAUUUUAAAAUUAUUUAAAACCGAAGUUUUUUGAAUUUAAAAUUUCUAAAUAAAACCUUGAAUUUACAGGAGAAAGCGCCAAAGGCUUUGCGAAUGUAGCCAUCGAGAAUGUGCAGAAAAUCAUCCCGGGCCAGCAGCCCCCCCCCCGCCCAGCCCGAAGUGCCAGCCGACGGAACUGCCGCGCCCGCCGCUCCAGACGCCGCUGCCACUCAGUAGUCGGAAGCUUCACUUUGUCCGAUCGCUGA